AUGUCUAAGGAAGCAUCACAUGGAGAAAAUCACACUAGUGCGAAGCCACCUCCUGAGCCUUCACCACUGAGAAAAGCCAGAUUCUUUCAGGCAAAUAUGAGAAUCCUGGUUACGGGUGGAGCUGGAUUCAUUGGAUCUCACUUGGUUGACAAGCUGAUGGAAAAUGAAAAGAAUGAGGUCAUUGUUGUGGACAACUAUUUUACUGGCUCAAAGGACAAUCUGAAGCAAUGGAUUGGUCAUCCACGGUUUGAGCUUAUUCGGCACGAUGUGACAGAGACAUUGUUAAUUGAAGUCGAUCAGAUCUACCAUCUUGCUUGCCCCGCUUCUCCAAUUUUUUACAAAUACAAUCCUGUGAAGACGAUAAAGACUAACGUAAUUGGGACUCUAAACAUGCUAGGGCUUGCCAAAAGAGUAGGAGCAAGGAUUUUGCUGACAUCAACAUCAGAGGUUUACGGUGACCCUCUUGUGCAUCCUCAGGAUGAAACCUACUGGGGAAAUGUGAAUCCUAUAGGUGUUAGGAGCUGUUACGAUGAGGGGAAAAGAGUUGCUGAGACUUUGAUGUUUGACUAUCAUAGGCAGCAUGGAAUAGAAAUAAGGAUUGCUAGAAUCUUCAACACUUAUGGGCCCCGCAUGAAUAUCGACGAUGGCCGUGUUGUCAGCAAUUUCAUAGCUCAAGCGAUACGUGAUGAACCUCUAACGGUUCAAUUGCCCGGAACUCAGACAAGAAGCUUCUGUUAUGUAUCUGACAUGGUUGAUGGUCUUAUUCGGUUGAUGGAAGGAGAAAAUACAGGGCCUAUUAACAUUGGAAAUCCAGGCGAGUUUACAAUGACCGAGCUUGCCGAGACUGUCAAAGAGAUGAUAAAUCCAGAUGUUAAAAUCAUAACGGUCGAGAACACACCAGACGACCCUCGUCAGAGAAAACCGGACAUUACAAAGGCAAAGGAAUUAUUGGGAUGGGAACCAAAGGUAAAGCUUAGAGAUGGCAUCCCACUCAUGGAAGAGGAUUUUCGCCAGAGGCUCGGGAUUCCAAGGAACAAUUGA